AUGGGCACGCGCGUCUUCGAGGCCAGCGGCGACGUCAGCUGGGGGACGCACACGGCCCGCUGGGCAACAUUCCACAACCUGGACGCACGCCUGAUCAGCAUCCUUCUGCCCACACCGGAUUUCGGCCCCCUGAUGAACUUUGUGGGGCUGCCAACAGCCGACAUGGCCGACCCCAAGGGCCAAGCCUGGUGGGUCGAGCUGAUGAGCAACCCCUACCCACAGAACCUGUACUUCGGCUUCAAAGCAACGAAGCCCAAGCGGGUGCCCGCGUGA